AUGGCUGACGUCCUCAAAAACUCAGAUGAGCUGGGAAACGUUUUAGUCCAGGUAACGACGUUAACGUUAGCUAUCUACAUUUGCUGUGUUGUUGUUUUCUUGCUAGCUAACUGUUUUUUUUAUUGUUUAUAUUUUGUAUGAAUUAGCUAGUUAUUUAUAGUUAUCUAGCUAAAGUUAGGCUACACAAUUGUCUCAUGAAGAGUUGUCUUGUUUUGGGAUGUUGAAGGUGAAUCAACAGUGAUGGUAUAGAUUUUUCAUGUUGCGUCUGGUAAUUUGGUGUUCAUCAUCAGGUCCAGGACGAUUUGAGACAGUUGAAGCGUACUCUUGGCCGUAUCACCUUCCACGAGAAGGGAGAAACCGUGGACAUCCAGGCCUUGGACACUGCCAUCCGCAGGACAGAGAGUGGGAUCAGGGUUAGGACUACGCCUGUCUUCUGCACACAUCUGAAAACAUCUUCAUUAUGCCCUACCAGCUAAGUCACCUAAAGACAAGGCUAUAUAACCUUCUUGAAAGAUCAUGAAUCUCACACACACACACACACACACAAUACACUGAGCACUGAUAUCAAUAGCAUUCCAACAUAACCCUAACCCGUGAACAUUUGUUUCCAGAGGCGUGCAGAGGAGUAUCAGAAGACAGUCAAUAGGCAGGUACUGACUCUUCCCAGCAUCGAAGACCUAGAGAAGAAGAAUGUACAGAUUCCCAAAUGGUAAGUCGUUUUCUCAGGACUGCCUACAUUGUUUUUUUAUGAGUACAGUAUGAGUCUGACCAGCAGUAUGUCAUACAGGAGGCCCCCUCUGGAGAUUAUCCCAGACAUGCAUCCUCAGAGAGGCCAGAGUGUGGGGGCUUCACCUGGGGAGAAGGUAAAUACUAUAGGUCUAGUCAUCCACUGCUCACACCUGUCAACUUGCAGGAAUCUGUAACAUAUCACUACAAUCUGUGGGCUAUAAUUAAGCAAUAAGGCUCGAGGGGGUGUGGUAUAUGGCCUAUAUAUGUGUGUAUAUAUAUAUAUAUAUAUAUAUAUAUAUAUAUAUAUAUAUAUAUAUAUAUAUAUAUACACACUACCAUUCCAAAGUUUGGGGUCACUUAGAAAUUUCCUUGUUUUCGAAAGAAAAGCAUUUUUUUUGUCCAUUUAAAAUAACAUCAAAUUGAUCAGAAAUACAGUGUAGACAUUGUUAAUGUUGUAAAUGGCUAUUGUAGCUGGAAACGGCUGAUUUGUAAUGGAAUAUCUACAUAGACGUACAGAGUACCAUUAUCAGCAGCCAUCAAUCCUGUGUUCCAAUGGCACGUUGUGUUUGCUAAUCCAAGUUUAUCAUUUUAAAAGGCUAAUUGAUCAUUAGAAAACCCUUUUGCAAUUAUGUUAGCACAGCUGAAAACUGUUGUGCUGAUGAAAGAAGCAAUAAAACGGACCUUCUUGAGACUAGUUGAGUAUCUGGAGCAUCAGCAAUUGUGGGUUCGAUUACAGGCUCAAAAUGGCCAGAAACAAAUAACUUUCUUCUGAAACUCGUCAGUCUAUUCUUGUUCUGAGAAAUUAAGGCUAUUCCAUGCGAGAAAUUGCCAACUGUCUGUCUGUCUCUCUCUAUCUCUCUCUCUCUCUACAGAAUAAGAGAGUAGCAGAGAGUAUAAGAGAUGAGGCAGAGAAGAGGAGAGAGAUAGAUUACUACUAUUCUUACUCUCAUAUCUCUCUCCAUCUCUGUCUCUGUCUCUAUUUUCUCUACGCUCUCUUGUCUCUUCUCUCUCUCUUAUCUAUCUCUCUCAAUCUAUGUCUUCUCUGUCUCUCUGUCUCUGUCUCUCUCUGUUCUCUCUCUGUCUCUCUUCUCUGUCUCUCUCUCUCUCUCUCAUCUCUCUUCUCUAUCUCUCUCUCUCUCUCUCUCUGUCCUGUCUCUGUCUCUGUCUCUGUCUCUGUUCUCUCUCUCUCUCUCUCUCUCUCUCUCUCUCUCUCUCUCUCUCUCUCUCUCUCUCUGUCUCUCUCUGUCUCUCUCUCUCUCUGUCUUUCUCAGCACAAGGCAGCGUUGGCCAUGCGUCUGCUGUAUAAUCCCAUUCAUCCAAAGAACAGGACUCUGAUGCACCAAAGCUAUGGAAUUCAGCUUCCUGAUCUACGUAAGAGAUCG